GCGUCGUCAGUAUGCCGAUCGCUGACUUUGGUCCUGCUUCUUUCUUAACUUGUCAGAACAGUCUGAUCCGAGGGUUGUUGCCGAAAUCUCGCACAUCUUUCAUCACUGGUGGCCUUUUUGUUCAAAGUCGGGGCAGCAUUUAUUUAUAAACUGACAAUGAAGGAUUAUUCCGAAAGGAGGGUGCGAUCGUCCACGAGAAAUCGAAGCAAACUCUCCAAUGACAGGUCACGUACGAUUUGUCUUACAAAUACCGUCUAUAGAUCUUUCUUACAGUCAUGACUAUCUUGCGGAUCUGGGACCUUAAGAACAUUCCUCACUGCUGUUUUUACAAGUACGAAGGGAACGCUUCCGGCAAAGAAGUCAAGAGGAACCAGUCGGGUCACGCACGCGCGCGUGCGCGCGGCACGCGUGACUCACGGACGUGUGCGCGCCGAGGCCAGCAGCAGCAGCAGCUCGCCUUGCAAGUCGGGUCCUCCUCCCCUGUCGGCGUCGGCCGCGGCAGCGCCGGCAGCACGCUCGCAUCUCCGCUCCGUUUCCCUUUUCGGCCCGACCGACCAAACGGCGCCUCCCGUCUUGUCGACCCCAGCAGUACCCGGCCAGCUCGGGAAAGGACCGGAGAGGACUGGAGAUGGUCAUGCCCAGCAUGUCGCCCAUCAGCCGGACAGCGCCGGCCACGGACGCGUGCAGAUGUUUGCAGUGAAGAGGAGCAGGCUGAGGUAGCGAUCAUGGGGAAAUCCAACAGCAAGCUCAAGCCGGAGGUGGUCGAGGAACUGACCAGAAAAACCUACUUUACAGAAAAAGAGGUGCAACAGUGGUACAAAGGGUUCAUUAAAGAUUGUCCCAGUGGACAGCUGGAUUCUGUGGGAUUUCAGAAGAUAUACAAGCAGUUCUUUCCUUUUGGAGAUCCCACAAAGUUCGCCUCUUUUGUUUUCAACGUCUUUGAUGAAAACAAGGACGGACGCAUCGAGUUCUCGGAGUUCAUCCAGGCGUUGUCUGUGACUUCUCGGGGAACUCUGGAUGAGAAACUGAGAUGGGCUUUCAAGCUAUACGACUUGGAUAAUGAUGGCUACAUCACCCGCGAUGAGAUGUUGAACAUAGUAGAUGCCAUUUAUCAGAUGGUGGGAAACACUGUGGAGUUGCCGGAAGAAGAAAACACACCAGAAAAGCGAGUGGACCGCAUCUUUGCAAUGAUGGACAAGGUUCGUGCACGCGUCUUAUUUAGCAUUGAAAAAUGCGUAGCUGCUUCCUCCAGGGUAUCUGGAUGGACACUGUUAUAUUUAGAAAUGCAUGCUAUAUCUACCACAGUAUCGUUCAUACUGUCAGCAUUUUAUCGUCUCUUUGCACCCUGGCCCUCAGUGCCAGUGGCCAUUCUCUGAGCUCACGGGAAUCUACUUGUCUCGUGUAAAUGAUGCAGUGAAGCCUGGUUGGGCGUGUCCAAGAUGCACUUGGUGAUUCGUGUCAGCGAACUGGCUAGAAUCCCAGGCCGCCGAUCCGACCUCAGACCAAAAGCACUGAAAAGCAGCGAUGUGCUCUGCUCUGAUGGGGGGGCGCAUUUGCCCCCUGCUGGUAAUGGUGCGCUAAUGGCGUCUCUGUCGGAUGUUCCUCUUCCAGAACGCGGACGGGAAACUGACCCUGCAGGAGUUCCAGGAGGGUUCCAAGGCUGACCCUUCUAUUGUUCAAGCGCUGUCUCUCUAUGACGGUCUGGUCUAAGAAUGUAAGGUGAGCGGCGUAUUCAUGUGCCAAGCCACGUGCGCGCUUCGCCAAAGGGGAAGUUGCGCCAAUCCAAUAUUUUGCCAUCCUCCUGUCAUCUGAGCAAAUAAAAAAAAAAGCAAGACAAAUCAGCGAAUGGCCUGAAUCCAGAGCGAAGCAGCUGCUUUCUGCUCACAGUUUGUUCUUAUGAAUUAUUCAAGCGACCCACUUGUUUGCUGGCAAUCAAACGGUCUUUGAAUGCCGAGUGAGGAGCCUCUUCCGCCGCCUCGUAAUCCACCAGCCUCUCGUCCCCUCUGCCAACUCUUGCUGACACGGGACUCGCCGUUUUGUCAGCUGUGAAGUGGGCUUGUGAAUGCACAUUUUCAACGCGGCGUUCAAGUGAUUAUCCUGCAUGGUCUGAGCAAAGAUGUGUUUCCUCCUAACCCUGCAACACGGAUCCAGUAUGCGGCCCCCAUAAACAAGCGCGCCAGUGGAUCUCGCACAUCCAGGGGUGGACUGACAAUCACAAGAGACUAGUUUGUUUCUCCAACAAGGAUUGCGGACACACCUUCUGACGCCGUUUCAACGUGUUCCUGCCGCUGCUGUGUGCUGUCUGUGCAAAUGUCGCAGCCGUCUGCUUUCCCCCGCCAAAAGUCCCAGGCGACGAAUCCCUCUGGAGGAUUUUCCAGACUUUUUCCGCGACGAGAAGCAGAAAGCUCUGCUUUCAUCCUGGACUCUAGAGUCGAAAAUGGAAACGUGUGUUACACGUUGAACACUAACGGAAAUUUACAAAGUGGUGUCUUGUAAUGUGUAAAAAGUGUAUUAUGUUAACGUGCCGUAGUUCCUGCUUUGCUGCCUUCAAGAUUUUUUCAUCUCUUACAAAAAAAAGAAUGAAGUUUUACUUUAUAUCAAAGUUCUUGAAAUGUUUUGCACUGCCUUUUUCACUAUUCUUGUGGUAUUUUUUUUAUUUAUUUUAUUUUUUUGUCCUCACAACGAGUUUCCUCUUCUGUGAGAACUGAGUUUUCAAUUUGUUGAGGGAGCGACGAGCUUUCUAAGGAUUAUUUGACCGUGUUUGCGGCCUGCGAUUCCUGUCGUGUUUCCAAAUCCCGUGAGCAUGAGUGAGUGACGUCUGCGGUGCAACAACCGGGUGGCAUCGCUGAAGACUUGACGUUCGAAUUGAGGCUCGAGACCCUCAUUCACCUUAAGUAGACAACAAGUGGCAGAAACAAACAGACACCAAUUGCCCUUGUAAAGGUUUUGCCGCCUCUGUGGCCACCGUUGUCCACGUGAUAUUUGCCCAGCUGUGUUUAGCUCGAGCCUUCUACCGAUCCUCAAUCAUUUCCGUUGCAGCAGUCACACGUCUUCGCACUGUCACUGAUGUUUUAUGCCUUAUGCAAAUGAUAGUUUACUGAAUGGCAAAUGCCGUUCACCUGUCAUUGGUCAGUAUGAGAGCACACAAUAAAUGCAUUUAAAUGGC